AUGGCUGGCAAGGACGAUGUUGAGGCCAAGCCGCCUUGCCAUCCUCGUGCAUGUGCAAUCCAAGACUGCUUGAUGAGGAACAAUUACAACGAGGCCAAGUGCCAGGAUGUCGUCAAGGCUCUGUACACUUGCUGUGAGUCCUUCUAUGAACGGUACGGUGACGAGGCGUCGUCGCCGAGCUGUCCUAAGCCAAGUCUGCUUCGCCUCAAAAUGAAGCAGUUGAACGAGGGGAAUAAAUAG